CAGAGUCGCAAGCUAACCAUUUUGCGGAGGAUCAGUGGGGAACUAACGUCUUAACCAGGAGCUGGAAUCGCAAAGGAGCGAGAGAGCGUCUUGAUCGAAAAUCAACAAUGGAAUCAUGAUAUCAGUCGAGCGCGUGGAGGAAUUUCAUGAUGGUGGGAGCCCCGGUGAUUCCACUUGGUCCUGGACUCAGACCAUGAACUACGUGGGGCAGCUGGCGGGGCAGGUGUUCGUGCAGGUCAAGGAGCUGUACCGAGGCCUGAACCCCGCCACCCUGUCGGGGUGCAUCGACGUCAUCGUGGUGCGGCAGCCGGACGGGACGCUGCAGUGCUCCCCCUUCCACGUGCGCUUCGGGAAGAUGGGGGUGCUGAGGUCCCGCGAGAAAGUGGUGGACAUAGAGAUCAACGGGGAGCCCGUGAGUUUGCACAUGAAGCUGGGGGAGAACGGCGAGGCCUUCUUCGUGAAGGAGACGGAGAACGAUCAGGAGGUGGUACCCUCAUACCUGGCCACCUCCCCCAUCUUAUCAGAGGGUGCAGCCCUGAUGGGGUCCCAGCUGGGCAAGGGGUUGCCCCGCCACUCUGACCCCGGGACCGGGCCCUCCAUCCAGACCCUGGGGCCCCUGCAGUCCACGGGGGAGAACGGGGCGGUGAAGAAGAGGAGGAAGCGGCGGAGGAAGUGCAAGAUGGACAGCGUGAAGCGGGAGGAGAACGGGGACUACUCGCAGGACGACGACAUGUUCCCCAUCGACAUGAGCUCCGACGAGGAAAAGGAGGCGGACGGCAGCAGGGCCUCGGCGCGGGACCUGUACAGAGACGACGUGCCUGUGGGGGGCCCGGCCGGAGGCAGCGGCUUCAAACAGAGCAUGGUGUACGCCUGCUCCGACGGGGACUGGACCCCACUGCAGAGCAAGAUGGCUGAGCACACAGCCCAGGCCUGCACUCUGUCCGCUCCAGCCAUUGGGGGCCUGUCAGUCUCAUGCCCCCAGCAAUCCUCUCUCUUCCAGCUCCCGCCAAGUCCUGGCACAUCCCGGCCCUCCACCCCCAAGAGUGACUCGGAGCUGGUGACCAAAGGCUCGGACAAGGACAAGCAGGACAAUCCGCAGAUGCUGUGGGCAUGGGGAGAGCUGCCGCAGGCUGCCAAGCCGUCGUUCCUGACCUCAAAGUCAGAGACUCCGCUGGUGGCCCCUGUGUCCAUCCCGGUGUCAGACAGCACACACUUCCGGGUGAUUCCAGGGGACUGCGCCCCAGAGCGGCAGGAGGAGCACCCCCCGGCCCUCAGCCUGUUCAUACCCGAGCCUGUGGAGGGUGAGGCUGCUGCUUCUGCCACACAGAGGGCGGAGUCAGAGGGGAUGGGGGUGGCAGCGGCGCGUAUGAUGUCAGAGCUGGAUGAGGCGGGGCCUGGCCCUGUGUCCCGCCAACUCAGCAAGACAGAUUCACCCUCCAAGAAGAAAGACAAGAGGAGCCGCCAUCUUGGAGCAGACGGCGUUUACCUGGAUGACAUCACGGAGAUGGAACCUGAAGUGGCAGCACUGUACUUUCCCAAAAGCGAUGGGGGUGGUGCGGUCAGGGCUGGUGCAGAGAACGGGGCACGGAGCGCCAGCCUGUCCCCCCAGUCAGUCAGCAGCUCCGGUGUCGACAGUGGGGUUGACAGCUAUUCAGACCAGAUUGGUGACCUGCCCUCUAUCGCCAUCUCUCUGUGUGGAGGACUCACUGACAACAGGGAGAUCACAAAAGAGCAAUUUCAAGAGAAAGCAAUUUCCUAUCAGCAGUUUUCUGAAAACCCAUCCAUCAUCGAUGACCCAAACCUGGUGGUGAAGAUUGGAAACAAGUACUACAACUGGAGCACCGCUGCCCCGCUAAUGUUAGCCAUGCAGGCCUUCCAGAAGCCCCUCCCAAAGGCCACGGUGGAGAACAUCAUGAAGGAGAAGAUGCCCAAGAAAGGAGGCCGCUGGUGGUUCUCCUGGCGCGGGAGGAACAGCAGCACCAAGUCGGAGUCGGCCUCAGAGCAGGGAGUCAGUGGUGAGGGAGAUCAGACCGGGAAGAUGGCCUCUGUCAACAGACGGAAGGACGAAUCAUCUUCCAGCGACGAGGACCACAGGACAGCCAAACUGAGCCCUGGCCCCACCCAACCAGAUCCCCUGCUCACCUCUGGGGGCGUGUCCUACAAGAAGACACUCCGACUCAGUUCUGAGCAGCUGGCGAGCCUGCAGUUGAAGGACGGCCCCAACGACGUGGUCUUCAGCGUCACCACUCAGUACCAGGGCACCUGCCGCUGCGAGGGCACCAUCUACCUGUGGAGCUGGGACGACAAGAUCGUCAUCUCCGACAUCGACGGCACCAUCACUAGAUCUGACACUCUGGGCCACAUUCUGCCAACGCUGGGCAAAGACUGGACCCAUCAGGGCAUCGCCCGCCUCUAUCACAAAGUCAGCCAAAAUGGGUACAAGUUCCUGUACUGCUCGGCCCGGGCCAUCGGGAUGGCGGACAUGACCCGCGGGUACCUGCACUGGGUCAAUGAGAGAGGCACCAUGCUGCCCCAGGGCCCGGUUCUGCUCAGCCCCAGUAGCCUCUUCUCUGCCCUGCACAGGGAAGUUAUUGAGAAAAAGCCAGAGAAGUUCAAAGUGGAAUGUCUGACAGACAUCAAAAACCUCUUCUACCCGAACACUGAGCCUUUCUACGCUGCCUUUGGGAACAGGCCAACAGAUGUAUAUUCAUAUAAGGAAGUCGGUGUCCCUUUAAACAGAAUCUUUACAGUCAACCCGAAAGGAGAACUGGUUCAAGAACACGCCAAGACCAACAUAUCAUCGUACACUCGGCUCGGGGAGGUGGUCGACCACGUCUUCCCGCUGCUGCUGCGCGGGGACUCGUCCGACUUCCCCUGCUCCGACACCUACAGCCAGUUCACCUACUGGAGGGAGCAGCUGCCAGAGGUGGAGCAGCAGGACGAGCCUCUGGAGUCCGGAUGAGCGCCACGGCAACGGACGCAGCUGCGCAGACGUGCAGACAGGCAGAGAGCAGCUUUGCACUGCAUCGCGCAUACCCAUACCUCUACGCACAAAAGCAAAUGAGCACUUUUUGUAAAAAUAAAAUAAAUCCCAGUUAACCUGUAAGAACUUUG